GAAAAGGAAAAAAAUAAAAUAAUGAUAAAAAAAAAACAUUAUGGGAUUUUUGAGGUUCUCAUGAGCUUCUUCUCUGUGGCUUCUCUCCUUCGCUAAAAGCUCUCUUCUUGUGAAUUCACUCUUGCCCACAAGCUCAAAAUCAGGAGUUGAUGAUCAAUCGAAGAAUGAGAUGUUUUCCUUAAAGACUAUAAAGCAAUAUAGAACCGAAGACUUCUGUGCUGCUGCCGACCAUCCUCCUUCCCCAGCAGUUUUCAUUUGAUAUUUUGGCAUAUUAAACAAACUGCUAUUUUUAUUGAUCCAGGCAGCAGCAUUGCUACCAUGCUGAAACAAAUUCUAAGCAAACUUCCUCGUAAGUCUCCAAAAUCGGAUUUGCUAGAUGGGGCAGGGAGUGAUUCAGGCAGCAAUUCCUCCAAGUUGGGUAAUGGAUUCCAAUGUACAAUUGGUGGGAGUUCUCUUUCUAGCAAGUUAAAUGUUGUUAAACGAGUGUCUUCUGCGGUAUUCCCAGCAAGCAUCACAGCUGGUGCGGAGGUAGUGGAACCCCAUCUAUCCUUUAAAGAUGUCUCAAAUCCGCAGAAGCAGAAUCUAUUUAUCAGUAAGCUCAACCUUUGUUGUGAGGUCGUUGAUUACAAUGAUUCGGUCAAGCAAGAUCUUAAACGUGACACAUUGAUAGAGCUCGUUGAUUUUGUUUCUUCUGGAUCUGCAAAGUUAACGGAAUCAGCAAUUUCAGCGAUGUGUAAAAUGUGUGCAGCCAACCUGUUUAGAGUUUUCCCACCUAAGUAUCGCUCUAGCAGCACUGGCGGUGAAACAGAAGACGAGGAACCGGUGUUUGACCCUGCUUGGUCGCACCUACAAAUUGUGUACGAUCUGCUUCUUCGGUUUGUCAGCAGUACCUCACUUGAUGCGAAGAUGGCAAAGAAAUAUAUUGAUCAUUCGUUUAUUUUGAGAUUACUUGACCUCUUUGACUCUGACGAUCCAAGAGAAAGAGACUGCUUGAAAACGAUUCUUCACAGGAUUUAUGGAAAAUGCAUGGUACAUAGGCCUUUUAUCCGAAAAGCCGUCAGCAAUAUCAUCUAUCGCUUUGUCUUUGAAACUGAACGGCACAAUGGAAUUGCGGAGCUGUUGGAGAUUUUUGGCAGUGUAAUUAGUGGCUUUGCAAUGCCACUCAAGGAGGAGCACAAAAUAUUCUUGUGGAGGGCUCUGAUUCCUUUGCACAAGCCAAAAUCAGUGGGAAUUUAUCAUCAGCAGUUAACAUAUUGCGUCAUACAAUUCAUAGACAAGGAUCAAAAGUUGGCUAGUAAUGUGAUAAAGGGCCUGUUGAAGUACUGGCCAGUUACAAAUAGCCAGAAAGAGUUGAUGUUUUUAGGUGAGUUGGAAGAGAUUUUGGAGAUGACUAGUAUGGUGGAGUUCCAAAAGAUAAUGGUUCCCUUAUUUAGGAGAAUAGCUUUCUGCCUCAGUAGCUCACAUUAUCAGGUGGCUGAACGAGCCCACUUAAUGUGGAAUAAUGAGAGCAUUCUUAAUCUCAUCACGCAGAACCGCCAGGUGAUUCUGCCGCUUGUCAUCCCCGCCCUAGAGCGGAAUACACAGAAUCACUGGAACCAAGCAGUGCUAAACUUGACACUUAACGUGAAGAAGGUAUUCUGCGAGAUGGAUGAGGAGUUAGUCCUUGCCUGUCAAUGCAAGUUGGAGGGGGAAGGUGUAAGGUUAAAGGAUGCAGCCGAGAAGCGAAGACUAGCAUGGGAAUUGCUCGAAACCACUGCUGGUCUCCCACCUGCCACCACCACCGCCGCCACCACAACUGCUGGGGCCGGUAACUUUCUAGUUCCUGUAAAGCCUACAGCUACAUGCUCCGUUGCCUGCUAAUUUGGUGAAAAACAGUAUUUGGUAAACAAGUCAAUCCCAUAAACGUGACAGCUCUAGUUGCAGUAUCAGAUAUUGGUUCUUGAAAAUCUGAGUUUGGGAUUAAAAAAAAAAACAGAGAGAGAAAUUGGGUGUGUAUUAGUGAGUGGAUUUGUGUUAUAUUGUAUUAAUGAUCCCUCUGCCCUUGAAAUUGCAAGAGGCACUUUUGCUUGCGAUAAUAUUAUUGUGUCAAUGAACGUCUGUUGUAUAUUACUAUAUUUCCUCAAGUUCUGUUUGUUUUUA